GUUGCACUUAAAGCAGCUGAUAUUGGUAUAGCUAUGGGACAAACAGGUACUGAUGUAUCUAAAGAAGCAGCUGAUAUGAUUCUUGUUAAAGAUGAUUUUUAUACAAUUAUGGCAGCAAUCGAAGAAAGUAAAGGAAUAUUUCAUAAUAUACAAAAUUUUGUUCGAUUUCAAUUGAGCACUAUUGCUGCACUAAGUUUAAUAACACUUUCAACUGUUUUUCAUUUUCCUAAUCCAUUAAAUGCUAUGCAAAUAUGUUUUUCUUCUUUUCAUUUUGUCUCUAUAUGA